CGAGCCGCGCCGGGCCCGCUGCGCCGGGACAUGGUGCCGAGCGCGCCGCUGGACGAGCCGCAGCCCUGCCGCAGGAUGGAGCUCUGCGUGAGCGGAGCCGAGCUAAAUGGCCUUAAAAUGGCAGAUGAGCCCAUGGAGGAAGGUGAACCAUAUUCUUACCACGAUGAAGGAAGCGUGAAAGAAAUUCCUAUCACACACCACGUGAAAGAAGGAUGUGAGAAAGCAGACCCAGCACAGUUUGAACUCCUUAAAGUUCUUGGGCAGGGAUCAUUUGGAAAGGUCUUCCUUGUGAGGAAGAUAAUUGGUCCAGAUGCUGGGCAGCUUUAUGCAAUGAAAGUAUUGAAAAAAGCUUCUUUAAAAGUUCGGGAUCGAGUUCGUACAAAAAUGGAGAGGGAUAUUUUAGUAGAAGUAAAUCACCCCUUUAUCGUCAAACUGCACUAUGCCUUUCAGACUGAAGGGAAGCUCUAUUUAAUAUUGGAUUUUCUCAGGGGAGGAGAUGUAUUCACACGAUUAUCCAAAGAGGUUAUGUUUACAGAGGAAGAUGUGAAAUUCUACCUCGCAGAACUGGCCCUUGCUUUGGAUCACCUUCACAGCUUGGGAAUUGUGUACAGGGACCUGAAGCCAGAAAACAUUUUGCUUGAUGAAGCAGGACAUAUCAAGUUAACAGACUUUGGACUCAGCAAAGAAUCAGUAGAUCAAGAGAAGAAGGCCUAUUCUUUCUGUGGUACUGUAGAGUACAUGGCACCUGAAGUGGUAAACAGGAGAGGGCACAACCAGAGUGCUGACUGGUGGUCCUUUGGGGUCCUCAUGUUUGAGAUGCUCACGGGCACCCUGCCGUUCCAAGGUAAAGAUCGAAACGAAACCAUGAAUAUGAUACUGAAAGCAAAACUGGGGAUGCCUCAGUUCCUCAGCCCUGAAGCACAGAGUCUUCUGAGGAUGUUGUUUAAAAGGAACCCGUCAAAUAGAUUAGGAGCUGGUUCAGAUGGAGUUGAAGAAAUCAAGAGACAUCCUUUUUUUUCUACUGUUGACUGGAAUAAACUGUUCAGAAGAGAAAUCCAGCCUCCAUUUAAACCUGCUUCUGGAAAGCCAGAAGACACCUUUUGUUUUGAUCCAGAAUUCACAGCAAAAACACCAAAAGAUUCUCCAGGAGUCCCACCGAGUGCAAAUGCCCAUCAGCUCUUCAAAGGCUUUAGUUUUGUUGCAACUACUACUGUAGAAGACCAUAAAAUAUCCCCUCUCACCAACAUCCUGCCCAUAGUACAGCAGCUUCAUGGGAACAGUGCCCAGUUCACUGAUGUCUAUGAACUGAAGGAAGAUAUUGGUGUUGGUUCUUACUCUGUUUGCAAGAGGUGUAUACACAUAGCCACAAACAUGGAGUUUGCUGUGAAGAUAAUUGAUAAAAGCAAGAGGGAUCCCUCAGAAGAAAUCGAGAUUCUCAUGCGUUACGGACAACAUCCAAAUAUUAUCACUCUGAAGGAUGUGUAUGAUGAUGGCAGGUUCAUCUACCUGGUGACUGAGCUGAUGAAGGGGGGGGAGCUGCUGGACCGGAUCCUGAGGCAGAAGUUCUUCUCGGAGCGCGAGGCCAGCGCUGUGCUGUUCACCAUCGCCAAGACCGUGGACUACCUGCACUGCCAGGGGGUGGUGCAUCGAGACCUCAAACCCAGUAAUAUUUUAUAUACAGAUGACUCCAAUAAUGCUGAUUCCAUCAGGAUUUGUGAUUUUGGAUUUGCAAAACAGCUCCGAGGAGAAAAUGGACUCCUUCUAACCCCGUGCUACACGGCAAACUUUGUGGCACCAGAGGUGCUCAUGAGACAGGGCUAUGAUGCUGCUUGUGACAUAUGGAGCUUGGGUGUUCUUCUUUACACCAUGUUGGCAGGCUACACUCCCUUUGCCAAUGGUCCCAAUGAUACUCCUGAGGAGAUCCUGGUACGGAUAGGCAGUGGAAAAUUCUCCCUAAGUGGAGGCAACUGGGACACUGUUUCAGAUGCAGCAAAGGACUUGCUCUCCCACAUGCUGCACGUGGAUCCCCACCAGAGGUACACGGCAGAGCAGGUGCUGAAGCAUUCCUGGAUUGCCUGCAGGGACCAGCUGCCACAUUAUCAGCUCAACAGGCAAGAUGCCCCACAUCUAGUAAAGGGAGCCAUGGCUGCUACAUAUUCUGCACUGAACCACAAGACAUUUCAGCCAGUGUUAGAGCCUGUUGCAGCCUCCAGUUUAGCUCAGCGACGGAGCAUGAAAAAGCUCACAUCCACAGACUUAUAGAUCCACUGGCACACCUGAGCACACAGAAGCAAGGGGGAAACUCAACAAGGGGCUCUGUUUCGCCUGACCUGUGAUCAAAAAGGCAUCUAUGGUUUCCUGCUACACUACUUGAAUUCUGUAAAAGUCCUUUUUUUUAAAAAGAAAAAAGAAAAAAAAAAAUCCACAGGUUCAUACUGUGUUUGUUUUACAGGCUGUAUCUGUUAAAUUAAUUUAAACAUCAGGUACACCAUGAUGAACUUCUCUACACUGUCCUUUUGAGAUCUGUUGCAAAUAUUCUUUCACAUUCUGUAUAGUUUUGCUGGGUUCAGUUAAAAAAAGAAGUGGUUUAGGGGACCGUUGCCAA